AGGGCGGGGCCUCGGGGCCGGAAGGGGCCAUGGUUGCCUAGGGGACGCCUAUCAGUGCUGAAAGCUCCUUUGCUAGCCCCCUGUAGAUUUUGUGGGCGCUUCGGUUUUCCCGACCCUCUUGACCUGGGUGGAUGAAUCCCUCCGGCCGCCGGGCAAGUCCUCUUAGAUGGGAUCGGACAGGACCUGAGAGCUGAGGAGGGGGUCCCUCGUGUCCCAACCAGAGACGCGCAAGGUUCCCUCCCCGCUUCCCCGGUGGUGAAUCGCGGCUGGUUUGUGAAAAUUUGAAUCAUCGUUAUGGGAUUGCUGGACAAGCUGUCAGGCUUGCUUGGCCUGAAGAAGAAGGAAGUUCAUGUUCUGUGCCUUGGGCUGGAUAACAGUGGCAAAACAACCAUCAUUAACAAACUCAAACCUUCGAAUGCUCAAACUCAAGACAUAGUUCCAACAAUAGGAUUCAGUAUAGAGAAAUUCAAGACAUCCAGUUUGUCUUUCACAGUAUUUGACAUGUCAGGUCAAGGGAGAUAUAGAAACCUAUGGGAACAUUAUUACAAAGAAGGCCAGGCCAUUAUUUUUGUCAUCGAUAGUAGUGACAGAUUAAGAAUGGUUGUAGCCAAAGAAGAACUUGAUAUUCUCUUGAAUCAUCCAGAUAUUAAGCACCGCCGAAUACCAAUUUUAUUCUUUGCUAACAAAAUGGAUCUUAGGGAUGCGGUAACAUCUGUAAAAGUGUCUCAGUUGCUGUCUUUAGAAAACAUCAAAGAUAAACCAUGGCAUAUUUGUGCUAGUGAUGCCAUUAAGGGAGAAGGGUUACAAGAAGGUGUAGACUGGCUACAAGAUCAGAUCCAAGCAGUGAAGACGUGAAAAAAUAAAUGAUUAUGAUACGUGAUGAUGUUCAUAAUCUUCAACAGUUGUUUCAUUUCAAGGCAUGAUUUCUUAAAGCACAUUUUGUUUAUUUAUUUUUUAAUUUUAGGCUUUGCCUUUGUGUGUUUAAGAAUGUCAUACAUUAUUCUAUUUGCCUUCAUGGACUCAAGAAGAAUGAGCUUUUUAAACUUCUCAGGUAUUUUGAGGCCAUGAGUUAUAUUCAGACUAAAUCUUCCCUUAGCAGGGACACUAGAAUAAUCACUCCAUUAAAUGUCUGCAUUCAACUUUAAUCACUCUUUGGCAUUUUAGUAUACUUAAAAGUAAAAUACAUGCCAUCUCUAUGUCCUGUUUCAAUCUUUUUUAAAAAUAUCUUUUAUUUUAAAAGAUGUCUCUUUUUUUAUAAUUUAGUGCAUGAUGAAACUUUAUGGGUUCUAUUUUUCAAAAGUACUACAGAUGCUCAUAAGAGACUGGUUAUUAGUAUGUAUUGAAUUUGUUACUAAGUAUAACAUGUUACCAUUAAUAAAAUAUGAAAUGAAUAUGUUAACUACUAUAUGUUUGUUUAGGCUGAAAAGAAUAAUGUUCUUUUUAAAAUGGCACCAACUAACACUUUGUAUAUUUUAUUGUCAUUUGAAACUGAACUAAUAUUUAAAGGAAAAUGUUAUUUCUUUUAGUAUCAUACGGUACUUCAUUUCUUUGGCUAAGUAGACAACUUAAUUUCUGAUCUAGAUUGAAAAAUUUUCAAGUUAUUUCAUCCCUCGUAUGGCUUUUAUGGUUGACUCUGUGCUUUAGACUUCAGUUCUCACCACUAAGCUGCCACAUUGACUCCUCUAUUGUCACAGAGCUUUGCCAUAAUAGACAAUUAUGAGUCACAAAACUAUAUUGCUUAGCUAAGGAAAAUGUAAUAUAUACUGCAAAAUCAUUAUACUUUAGAGUUGAAGAUGCAUGCAAAACCCAUAAAUCAAAUAUAAAAAUUCUGUUAUUUUGUCACUGAUUUCAGUAAACACAUUGACAAAAGCCACCAAAAACAGGCAACUUUCGAUUAGGAAAUUAUACAGCAAACUAUUUACUGGGGAAAUAUAUUUUUAAGGGGAAAAAUGAAGUUUUUAGCUAGGAAAUAGCCUCAGGUAUGUGGACAUAUUUAUAAAGGAAUUAUAUAAAACUGUGUUUAACCUCAUUAAGUGACCUGAGUUGAGGAAAUGGAAAAACCAAGAAAGAAAGAAAAAAUAUGUAAUAAAGAUAUACAAUGCACUGGAAUAAUGAAAUAACUUUCUUUGUUCACAGAGCCUUUAAAUAAACAACAAUUUCAAAACUAAUAUUAAACUGUUGAAGUUUUUUCAUGAGAGAAAGCAAGUGAGUUUUUAAAAUAUGAUGAAGCAAUAUUUUCUAAGACUAGCUGACAUUUAUAUAGUGAUUUAAAGUUUGCAAACAAUUUUAUAUGUUUCUGAUUUGAUCCUUAUACCUGUGGUAGAUUAUGUGAGGUAUGUAUUAUAUAGGUAUUAUCUCAGUUUUACAGAUUAUUAACCAGAGACUCAAAGAGAAUGACUUGUCCAUGACUACAGAGCCAGUAAAUGUUGUAGGCAGGAUUCAAACCCAGAUCUUACUGACUUCAGCCUGAGCCUUUUACCCACUGUGCCAUACUGCCUCACUAACCCAUGCUUAAAUAUACAUUAGAAAUAAUUAGAACCAUAGAAAUAGUGAUUUACUUCUGUGUUUCCAAAGCCUCACAGUCUACAUAUGUCUAGUUUUCCAUAUUUUCUUUUAAAAUUAUGGAGAAGAAAGUUAGACUGACCAUCAAUUGUCAAAGGUAUAAAGAUCCACUAACGUUGUAAACCGGAGGUCAAUAAACCUUUUAUAUAAAGGGUUAGAUAGUAAAUAUUUUAGGCCAUGCAGAUCAAGAAGCAAAAUCAAGUAUAUCAUAUAGGUACUUAUAUAAUAAGCAAGAAAACAUUUCCAUAAAUUUUUAUUGAUGAAAUUAUAAAAUAUUGAUUACAAAUUUUCAUAAUACAAGUGAGAAGAUAUGAAAAGAAUAGAAUUCUUUUUGGGAGGGAUAAUAUUUCACUUAAUUGAGGUUUGAAGUUAGCAUUCCUGAUCAUCAAACUUGAUUACAAAUAUUCUUCUGUUAGACUUGAUCUCUUAUAAGAUUUUAUAUAUUUCAUCAUUGAAUGGGUCUUUUCACACAGAUAGGUACUGCCAAAUACUGACAUCGAGUGACAAGUAUAUGAUUUUAAUUGAGCUAAAAGGCUAAUAGUCUUAAACAAAUUUGUUUUCUCUGGAUACAUUUCUUGGGCUGCUGUAAUCAAACAAUUUAAUUAACUUGCCAUUGGUAAACAGCUUUCCUUGCUUGGCUAUCAAAUGUGCUACUUGGAAAUUUAAUUGUAGCCUCAUUUUCAUGUUCAUGUGAUGAGAUAUUCCAUUUAAAAUUUUCUAAUUUUUCUUACCAUUGCUUUCCUGUGAGUUGGGAAUAUUGUGACAAAUGUUUAGACUAGUAAUGUUGACAUAUAUUGUAUUUUUUUAGCUUAGCUAUUGAGUCAUUGCAUAAUAAACAGUACUUUGCCAUCUA